UUCGUGGUUUUGCUGUGUCAAGCGCAAAGCAACCGUCCCCUCUUCCCUCGCGUUCUCCACACAUCAUCACACAUCAUCACCAUGGCAUCAUCCUCCGCCGCGUUGCAGCAGAGUUUAGGCGAGUCAGAAGUCUUUGAUCUCGUCUGCGACUAUCUGCGUACGCGUCAGUUCUUCGAGGCUGAGCGCACGCUGCGCUCUGAGCGCGAACAGGCCGAGGCCACGGGUUCUCCCAGGGCCGCGUCACCUGCACCUGCCGCCAACCAGCAGGACGCGACGCCGUCAGAAGACGCCACCGCUCCCUCACUAGCCUCGCGCCUCGAGUUUAUGCUAGAGCGCAGCUACGUGACGCAGCUGGUGUCUGGCACAGGUCAGGCAGAACCGGAGAAGAUCUUUGUGCCUCGCCACGAACUGGAGACGACUCCGAAGCGCGCACGUGCCAAUCUGGACGGCAACGAGGCGCUGGAGAUCGAGGACGUGAAUCGCAACACGUUGGAAGAGGGAGACGACGAGGAGUUUAACAUCAGCACGCGCAUUGUGAGCUUCGAGGCCUGCAAGGACGACCCGCAUGGCUCAGCCACCAUGCCAAUCUACCAGACGUCCACCUUCGCGCAACCUUCAGGCACUACCUUCGGUGCCUACGACUACACGCGCUCAGGCAAUCCCACACGCGCGGCUCUGGAGCGUCAGAUGGCCGAGCUUGAGGGCGGACACCGUGCCUUUGCCUUCACCAGUGGCAUGGCCGCGCUGUCCGCCGUUUCUCGUCUGGCACAUGCCGGCGACGAGAUCGUGCUCUCUGACGACUCAUACGGCGGUACUUACCGCCUACUAAGCAAGGUCGCCACCAAGAACGGCGUCACCGUUAAGUACGUGGACCUGUCGGGCGAGAACGGUCCGAAGAACCUGCUGGCGGCACUCAGUGACAAGACCAAGCUGGUCAUGAUGGAGUCCCCCACCAACCCCAUGCAGCGUAUCUGCGACAUCAAGCGUCUUGCCGAGGCUGCGCACACAGUCGGCGCCUUGCUGUCCGUGGACAACACGAUGAUGAGUCCUAUCCUGCAAAACCCUCUCAAACUCGGUGCCGACAUUGUAGUGCACUCUGCCACCAAGUUCAUCUGUGGCCACAGUGACACCAUGUCCGGUAUCGUCAUCGCCAAAGACCCAGAGCUUUGCCGUGACGUUUAUUUCUACCAGAACGCAGAGGGAACUGGCCUCGCGCCGUUCGACUGCUGGCUGCUACUACGUGGCGUCAAGACCAUGAGUCUGCGCGUACUGGCAGCCCAGAAGAAUGCCGCCAAGGUCGCCAACUUCCUGAACGACCACCCUCUCAUUAAGACGGUGCACUACACGAAUCUACUGCCCGAGAACUCGCCCGAUCGCAAGAUCCACGACUCGCAGGCCCGCGGUUGUGGCUCCGUCGUGUGUUUCCGCACCGGUUCACUCGCCUUCUCGCAGCAUCUGCUGACUGUGACGAAGCUGUUCAAGAUCACGGUCAGCUUCGGUAGCGUUAACUCGCUGAUCUCGCUGCCUGGCGCCAUGUCACACGCCAGUAUUCCGGAGGAAGUGCGUAAGGCGCGCUCGUUCCCGGAGGACCUGGUGCGUCUGUCCAUCGGUGUGGAGGACGCGAAGGAUCUCAUCAAAGAUCUCUCGCAGGCGCUGCAGUCGUACGUGCCUCCUCAGGAGACGCAGUAAAGCGACAAAGAGUGAUAGUUCGAGAGUUCAAGUGGGACCCUCUGAAUUCGGGUGGGGGCUGGUAACAAGCCUAGCCACUCUUCAUGGGGUCAGCGUAUUCACGGAGAUUUUCUGACAUCUGCCAAGAGCUGCUAAAGAAGACAGCUCUUCGUUGUGUCGGAAGUCUCUCGUGGUGCGUCGGAUCAUUUAACCCGUAGCACACGACGGUGUGUUGCGCACUUUGAAUCCACAUGUGAACUGUCGAGAUCGACAGUAUUUGGAGUGGUAACUACCCCGACAAAUUAGUGUAGACUACGAGUUUGUUAGAGUCGGGGGAGCAUGCUACUAGUGCAAAUGCAACUCGAUGGAGACGGUGACAGUGUUAUCGUUCAGAAAUUCAGUAUCUUACCAUCAA